AUGGCUUGUUGUUAUAAUAUCGAAGCAUCAAAAGAAAUGAAGAUUUCAAAAGUGCUCUGUAGUGGUUUGACGGAAGGAAUGAAUUUUCUAUACUGUUUGUCCAAUUAUCCUUUUAGUUCAAAUUGCUAUAAGAAUGAGUUGAGUAUUUAUUUUUAUGCUUACGUGAAUAACUCGGAAGGAAAAUAUACUGAACCAAAAGAGGUAGAAAUUAACCUUAAAAAUGAGGUCAAUUUUGAUUCAGAAAAGAGAACGACUAUAAUCAUUCCUGGAUACCUAAAUGUUCGCACAACUUCAUGGAUAUCAUCAAUGGUUAAAGAAUUACAUAAAUUUCAGAAUCAAGAUACAAACGUAAUAGUCGUCCAAUGGUUCAAAAAUAUCAUUUAUUCUACAGCUGCUAAAGCUGUGGAUGAAGUGGCUAAUAAAACUGCUAACAUGUUAAGGACAAUAUUUAAGAAAAAUGGCAAACCAAAAUUUCUACACAUAAUAGGACACAGUCUUGGCGCGCAUAUCGCUGGCUUAACAGCUUUGAAGUUAAAAGACACGUGGUUUGUAGAUCGAGUUACCGGGCUCGAUCCAGCAAGACCCAUCUUGAAUAACGAAAAAAAUGCAACCUAUAAACUGAAUAAAGAUUGUGCUAACUUUGUUGAUGUGAUACAUAGUAAUAGUGAUGAACAUGAAUCGACAUUUGGGUUUUACGAACCCAUGGGCCACAUUGAUUUUUAUCCAAAUGGAGGAGACCAUCAGCCCAGUUGUAUUAACAAGCCUAGAGAAAAAAUUAUCUAUGAUGACGAUUUAAUUGAUUGUUUCAAAAGUGCUACUACAUUCGAUUAUGAAUAUAAGCUCAUUUUAAAUUUUAUUCACAGAAUAUCCAACGGCAGUAAUAUGAUAUGCGAUCACCAAAUGUCAGCUCGAUAUUUUAUUGAGUCAUUCCAUAAAAAUAAAAGAUAUUUUGCUACGAAAAUAGAAAACUUUAAACAAUUGUCAGAAAUAGCGAAAAAAGAAUUAAGUUGUCAUGAUCAAAAUAACUGUAAAGCUAAUGAGACCUGCGCCGAGAUGGGAAUACAUGCGGAAAAUUAUAGUAAAUAUCGCCAAGGUAUAUAUUUGCUGAAAACAAAUUGUAGUUCAGAUAAUCCAAAACCAUUCACAUUAUUGUCACAGUGGUUCAAUAUUUAUAAAAAUUGA